ACCCGCGGCUGCAGCCUUUCCUAGGUUCCCCCGGGUGCGUGUGGGAGGGGAAGGAGCCGCCGCCGCACGCGGGUACGCGGGGAAGGAGCCCGGAGACAGCACUGGGGUUUUGUGCGGGAAGGAAAGAAAACAGCAGCAGCAGUCACAAGCCCUGGUGCUUUAGGCUACUUUGCUCUCCUCUUUUCUGGAUUCUCCGCCCCUCCCGGCCCCCUCGUGUGUGUGCCUGCGGGGAGGGAGGGCUGCAGCUCCGAUCCCGGGGCUGCUCCGCUGCUUUCUUUUGUUGCGAUUCCUCCUGCGGUAAUUUUCAGGCUUCCCUUAGUUCCUGUGAGAGCUCGCGCUAGGAGUUUUAUUCGUGCAACUUUAAUCUGCAUAGCAGCUCUGGAACGGACUGUGCAACCAGAGUAGGUUGCAGCAAAUGCGGAGUAAAGGUUGCAUAUAGUUGAUAUAUAAUUACCAGAAGGUACUCAUGCUGGGACAGUGAAUGAGCAUAGUGUUCCGCAGUGUUAUGAGAGAGCCUCUAAUACCUCGCUGAAAUACAUGGCAAUAUCUGUCAUCACCAGGAGAGAAACUGGUAAUGUGCGGGAGGACAGCACAACCCUGCUCAGACAGGUUACCUUUUGUUGUGAUCCUUUCUUCCUUCAGAAGAUUGUAGUAGGUUUCAGAUCUCUGCAGGCAGCCUUAUUGUCUCUGCAGGAUCUCCUGACAACCAGAAACAAUAGCAAUGGGUUGUUUUUGUUUUUACCUGGACAAUUCAGGCCUGCCCUGAUUGCCAUUCACUGAUGGGGGAGCUGGGUUGGGGAUAAUACUUUUUUAUUAUAGUAUUAUCCCUUUCACAAUUAAAGCUUUUGCAAUGAGGGUUUAAUGAGACACUAGAUUUUUUUCAAAUGUUGCAGUCACUUUACCUAUGUUAUUAAUGACAAUUUGGGAUUUUUAAAAUGCUUUUACUUUUAAAAAAUCCAGUGUGAUAGUUUGCAUGGGUCGGCAACUUUUCAGAAGUGGUGUGCCAAGUCUUCAUUUAUUCACUCUAAUUUAAGGUUUCGCGUGCCAGUAAUACAUUUUAGCGUUUUUUAGAAGGUCUCUUUCUAUAAGUCUAUAAUAUUUACUUUACAUACAACAAUAGUUUAGUUGUAUAAGGUUUUAAAGAUGUUUAAGAAGCUUCAUUUAAAAUUAAAUUAAAAUGCAGAGCCCCCCAGAGUAGUGGCCAGGACUCGGGCAGUGUGAGUGCCACUAAAAAUCCGCUCACGUGCUGCCUUUGGCAUGCUUACCAUAGGUUGCCUACCCCUGGUUUAUGGUUUGGUUUACUUUUGGCAUUUUUCUCCCUUUGAGCAAUAUGACUAUGAAGCUAGUUUCACUUUCAGAUUUGUAGUAGUUGGAUUUCCAGGUAUUGCAUGAAAAUUCUUGGUUUUAAAGAGCUACUGGUUAUAGUAGACUUUUUUUAAAAAAUUGACGAACCAGUUCUGUUUGUCAUCUUUUAUAAAACCUUAUUCUUACAAAAUGUACAUGUUGGGCCAUAUUUAAAUUGGUAGUGUCCCUUUAAAAGUUUCUAUUUUUAUAGGGAAGUUGUCAUUUAAAGCUUGAGAGGCAGCCUAGUGAUUUGAUGUUUUUAGUGUCAGGGAGUCACACACGGGUCUCAAAGCUUCAAAAUGAGGUAAAUAACAAUUAUAUUUUAGAUUUUUUUUAUUGUAUUAAGUAACCAAUCUAGAAGAAAAUUAAAUCUGUAUGCUAAACUUGCCUUACAAAUGGGGGGGGGGGGUCACUUAGUCUAUAAAAUAGCAGCUUUGUAAUUCAGUGGUAUAUAGUCUCUUUUAACUAGCUUUUUUGAGCAAGUUAUAACACAGACUACUGGAAAACAUAGGAAGGAUAAGUUUCCUAGCUGGGGAGUUAUUUAACAUACAAAGGAACAAAUAAUUUAGGCUUUGGUCCUGAAAACACUUAAGUAUGUGAGUAACUUUACACAGUCGGACAGGAUUGGGGCAUGGAGGCAAGAUUUCCUUAGUGUCUGCUUUAUAAAAAUUAAUGGCUGGAUGGGGGAACAUAGGUUAAAGUGUUUAAGGGUUCGUGCUCCUGGUCUUUCAUUUUUUUUCUCUUAAUCCGUAAAAUUCGGCCUGAUUUUGCAAGGUGCUAAGCACUGUCAGCUGGCAGCUAAGUCAAUUUCUCUCCUUGUUGCUGUGCAAAAGGACCAUAAAAUGGAGGCUGCAAACAGCAAGCCAAACGGACAUGGGAAACAAACUAUAAAGAAUGAUGUCAAAUAGACACACUGAAGACAGAAGUGCAUUUCUACAGCUGUUCAGCGAGUCAUUCUACAUGUUACUUUUGUAAAACAUUCAGAUAGAAUUUAUAUUUGUAAAUGUCUCAAAACCCGCUGUCCAAAACUUGUAGACUGAGCAUUCUUCACGGUCAGAAAGGAAGAGACGUGACUCAUUCGGGAUGUUUGACGGUUAUGAUAGUUGUAGUGAGGACACUAGUAGCAGCUCAAGCUCUGAUGAGAGUGAAGAAGAAGUUGCUCCCUUACCAUCCAGUCUCCCCAUUAUCAAGAAUAAUGGACAGGUCUAUACUUAUCCAGAUGGUAAAUCUGGCAUGGCUACCUGUGAGAUGUGUGGGAUGGUCGGUGUCCGAGAUGCUUUUUACUCUAAGACAAAGCGUUUCUGUAGUGUUUCAUGCUCCAGAAGUUACUCGUCAAACUCCAAGAAGGCCAGCAUUCUGGCCAGACUUCAGGUAACGGGUAAACCUCCAACUAAAAAGGCUAAAGUUCUCCAGAAACAACCUUUAGUGGCUAAACUAGCAGCAUAUGCUCAGUACCAGGCUACAUUGCAGAACCAAGUGAAGACUAAAACAGCAGCUGUCCCUGUGGAAGGUUUCAGUUGGGGUAACUACAUUACUAGCAAUAAUUUAACAGCAGCUCCUGUUACCUGUUUUAAACAUGCACCCAUGGGGACGUGCUGGGGUGAUAUCUCAGAAGGAGUGCGAGUAGAAGUUCCGAACACAGACUGCAGCCUACCUACCAAAGUCUUCUGGAUAGCUGGAAUUGUGAAAUUAGCAGGCUACAAUGCUUUGCUGAGAUAUGAAGGGUUUGAAAACGAUUCAAGCAUUGACUUCUGGUGCAACGUGUGUGGGUCUGACAUCCAUCCAGUUGGUUGGUGUGCAACUAGUGGGAAGCCUCUAGUCCCACCUAGAACAAUCCAACACAAAUACACAAACUGGAAAGCUUUUCUAGUGAAGCGACUUACUGGUGCCAAAACUCUUCCUCCUGACUUUUCUCAGAAGGUGUCAGAAGGUAUGCAGUAUCCUUUCAAACCUUCCAUGAGAGUAGAAGUUGUUGACAAAACGCAUCUCUGUCGAACACGGGUAGCAGUUGUAGACAGUGUAAUUGGAGGACGACUAAGAUUGGUAUAUGAAGAAAGUGAAGACAAAAAUGAUGAUUUCUGGUGCCAUAUGUACAGCCCACUCAUUCAUCACAUUGGUUGGUCCCGAAGUAUAGGACAUCGCUUCAAAAGAUCUGAUAUUACAAAGAAACAGGACGGACAUUAUGAUGCACCCCCACAUUUAUUUGCAAAGGUAAAAGAAGUAGAUCCAAGUGGAGAAUGGUUCAAGGAGGGAAUGAAAUUGGAGGCUAUCGAUCCCUUAAACCUGUCUGCAAUAUGUGUUGCAACCAUUAGGAAGGUGUUAGCAGAUGGCUAUCUAAUGAUCGGUAUUGAUGGCUCAGAAGCAGCAGACGGAUCUGACUGGUUUUGUUACCAUGCCACCUCCCCUUCUAUUUUUCCUGUUGGUUUCUGUGAAAUUAAUGCGAUUGAGCUAACUCCACCCAGAGGUUAUGCAAAACUCCCUUUCAAAUGGUUUGACUACCUCAGGGAAACUGACUCUAUAGCAGCACCUGUAAAACUCUUCAAUAAGGAAGUUCCAAACCAUGGGUUUCACAUUCGAAUGAAACUGGAGGCUGUAGAUCUUAUGGAACCACGCCUUGUAUGUGUGGCCACCGUAACCCGCAUCAUCCAUCGUCUACUGAGGAUACAUUUUGAUGGCUGGGAAGAAGAAUAUGAUCAGUGGGUGGAUUGCGAGUCCCCUGACCUCUAUCCUGUAGGGUGGUGCCAAUUAACUGGAUAUCAACUACAGCCUCCAGCACCACAAACAUCAAGAGAUAGCCAGUCAAGUUCAUCAAAGCAAAAGAAAAAGGCUAAGUCACAACAGUACAAAGGACACAAGAAAAAGAGGAAGAUACCAGUUGUGAAGAAGCCUGUCAGUUUGUCGAGCCUACCCAUGGCAGGUGGGGUGCGGAGGAGCUUCUCUGGUGAUGAAGAGUUGACUCCUCCUCCAUAUCGAACCCUUCCAGCACAGACAGCCCCGGAGGCCUUCCAGCCUCCCAGGACUAGCCAAGAGUUCAGUCCCAGCCUCAAAACAGUGACUUCACUGCAGCUGAAGGAGGAGUUGCUAGAUGGAGAGGAGUAUAACUUUCUUCAAGGAGCAUCUGAUCAGGAAAGCAAUGGGUCUGCCAGCUACUACAUCAAACAAGAACCAUAAGGCAGCUCAGAAAUGUGAGGGGCAGGGUGGUGGUGAUAGAGAAAAGAGCCUUUCUCCAAGACUGACUGACUGAUUUUGUUCCCAUUUCAAUAGUACAGUUGCAGAGCUGUACUUGGGGCACUUUGCUAACUGUAGAUGAAACUUCUGUUGAAAAAUUUUUGGAGAGGCAGGGAAACUAUUUUAGUGAAAAAUUUUUACAAUUUAUUAAACAAAAAAUGACAUUUUUGUGUUGUAUUUGAAGCUUUUGAAAGAAUUUUGUAAUAUUUUCAAAUUCAGAUUUAUUGUGCAUUCUUAAACUGAAAUUCUAAUUUUUUGGUAAAAUUAAAGUUUAAUUAGCAGGAUUGCAGAAAACUGUUUGAGGAGGAUAUUGUUGCAAAUACAAAUGAACUGUCAUUACAAAUGAACCUUGUUGGUACAAGUUGGGAGAUUUGGGACUUUUGUGAGCUGUAUGAGUCACACCUCUGGUUUUUCAUUGUGAAAAUACUGAACUGAAGUCCUGACUUUGGGGCAUAAAAACAUAUACAUGAUUUAAGGGGACCAGGCCUGCCAAGCCUUACUUGUGUGAGUAGCCCAAUUUCAAUGGGGGUGCUUUCAUGAGGUGUGGUAUUAACUUUUCAAGAUGGUUACUCAUUUAGGGCCUGAUUCAACACCCAUUGACUUCAGUGGGUUUUGGAUUGGGCCCUUAAUCUUGGGAUGCUCAGGUAAAUGUUUACUGAGCCCCAUGUUAAACUGGAACUUCAGCAGAUUCUCUCGUGGAAAAUUACAUGAAACUAAGUGUUUAAACUAGAAAUUCAGGACCUUUUCCUGUUUUUUAUGUUUGGAUGGAAAACAUAUUUGAGGGAGGAAGGAAUCUGAGGGCCUUUUCUCUGGUUUUUAUUCCCCAGAAAAAUCUAGACUCCUGCUUUCCAUAUCUUCAAAUACUUGGGUAUGUUGGCAUCCUCAAGAGAUGUACCAGAUGAACUAGAAAAAUACUUACUAUGAAGGCAAAAAAAAAUCUACUCUCAGUUCUGCAGAGGUUUUAAUAUUCUGCUGUCCAAGAAUAUAACAAUGGAAUUGGGAUCUAAAAAAAAAUAUUUUGCUUUUUGGCAAAUUGGACUCAUUUAGUUCUAGACGCCAGUCUCACUUUAAUCAUCCCAUUAUUUUUGACUCUUUAGCUGAACAGAUCUCUUUAGACAUAUUCGCAGAAGAUUAUAGUGACUAACAUCAAAAUAUGAGGAUUUUUAAUAAGUGCUGAAUAAUUUAAUCCCCCUUCCCAUUUUUACAUCUGUGUGGAUUUUGGCAGGUGGCCUAAUUCUUGGAGUUGAUUAGCAGCCUGAUUUAUUUAUCUUUUUCCCCCCACCCUGCAGAGUUGUGAUGGGAAGAAUGGGCAUCAAGAGCUUUAGCUUUUACCAGUGAGGUUCAUUCACUAAACUCUCAGGAAUAAACUGAAUAUGUUCUAUAAGUGCUUCUGGGUUUUUGGAGGUCCCCUUCAGAGCAGUACAAUGAUCAUCUGACUCUUGACCCAUACAGUAGGGCUUAGAAGAAAUUAAUCAAAAUUAUUAACUUCUAUGGUCCUUCAGCCGAAGAAAUGCUUUAACAAUAUCUGCCCACAGAGCCCCAGGAGACCAUUUUUUGGUACAUUAUUGUUUGAACUUUAAAAAAAAAAAAAAAAAAUGCAUAGAAAGUUGAAAACCAGCAAUUUGAUUAUUUUCUAAAAUAUUGCUCUAACUUUGGGUAGAAGCAUUGUUAAUAUGCACAGGUUUACCUCAUUCUAUGCAAGAGGGGAUGAUGAUGAUGUAAAGUUUUGUAGUUACUACUGAAAGUAAAACUUGUCCUGUAUAGUGUAGGAAUGUAUGGAAACCUUUUCUCCUCUCCCCCAGUCAAUUUUUUGUAAUAUUGAUCCCUUUUUGACAACUGUUUUCUCAUAUCAGCAAAAGCUGGUUAUCAGGUGUGAAAUAUCGGUGAGUUCAGGUGGAAAAGCUAUUUUAGCUUUAAAAUAUCCAUAUUAAAAGGACUCUGUCAAGGUUGACCAGCUUCAAAUUUACUCUCUUCAGUUCCCAGGCCCUUUAAUUCAUUUAGUUUAUUUAAAACGCAAAAAAAAAUCAGAGCCUUCCAAAACAAGGGCUGCAGUGUAGUUUUACAAUCCCAGCUCUUGGUCAGAGAGAUGUAAAGGCAAGUCCAGGAUUUUGGAUUACAUAUGCUUGAAACAAAGGCAUUUUGGUGAGCCUCGGUCACACCAAGUACGGUCUCUGUCACCUAUCAAAAAGUCAGAUUCUGCUGGUACUUCCUCAGGUUGGUUAGUACUUGAAUGCGUUGAUUUCACUGGGACUAGUCGCAUGUCAUAUAAAGAACUACUCAAUGUGAGCAAGGCUGGCAGAAUUAGGCCCACAGAGCACAAGGGAUGCAUGAGAUGCAUCUGCUUUCAUAAAGCCUCUACUUCCAUAGAAUAACAUUUAAGCCAUGUCUAUACUUCUGGCUAAGUUGGCACUGCUGCGAUCGAUGCAGCAGUGUCAAUUUAGCCGGUCUGGUGAAGACAAGCUACGUCGAUGGCAAAGUGCUCUCCCAUCAGAUGUCUGUAUGCCACCUCCCCGAGAGGCAGAAGUUAAGUCGGUGGGAGAGCGUCUCCCAUUGACGUAGCGCAGUGUAGACACCACUCUAAGUUGACCUGAGUUACAACUGAAGUAGCAUAACUUAGAUCGAUUUACAGCGUUAGUGUAGACUAGUCCUAGUGACACAAGUAGCCCAGUUGACUUCAGGAGAACCGCUGUUGUAUGAAUAUGGGUUAAUGUGAAAAGGAGUUGUGGAAUUGGGCCCAUAGUUAGCAAGUCAAAUCAUGAGGGCAAAAUAUCCAGAUUCCUGGGCUCGUGUUUGUUGCCCAUCUUCAGAGCUUGGAUUAUCCAGACUAUUAUAACCCUGAUUUGGGCUAGAUUUUAAGGGGAAUCUUUGGAUUUUUUUUUAUAGUAAAAUGCCCUUGUAGGGGGAGGGGUGGAGAAUUUGGGGGGUCUGUCAACCUUUAUAAUAUUCCUUGAAAAUGGUUAUUUAAAAACUAAACAUGGCUAUCUGCAAGCCAAAUUCCACCCUCAGAUACACAUGCUGACUUUGGUGGGAAUUUCAUGUGUAUUUGAGGAUGGAAUUUCAGUCUGGUUUCUGAAUCCAAAGAAAACUUAAAUCCUUCACCUACCUGUCAAGUACAAUGAAACCUGUCCUAAGCAAAGCAUAUAAGGAAUCACCUAAAAUUACAUGCUUGGGAGAGGUCUGUUUACGUAAAAGUUGAGCUAAAUCGUACCAGAUUCAUACUUGCAGUGGUCUUUAAAGUGGUCUCUUAAAACAGUGGGGUUUCCUGUUGGCAGUGGUGUCUUUAGUACAGGCUUCACUGUAUAUGUACUAGUAUUAAUUAAUAACAUGGUUCAAAGAAUUUUCUUCCUUCGUUCUCCUGUGAACCAUGUUACUCGGCUAAAAGAAAGGUGAGGUGUUAGAGGUCUUAAAUCUCUAUUGAUGUCUAAGUUGGGGAUCAAACAGUCAUUUCAAUAUUUGGCAUAGCAAGUUUUUAUAACCAAGGGGUAGUGCAAAUAACUAAAUUUACCUUGUAACUGCCCCCUUCCUUUAUGGCUCAGAAUUUUACUGCUGACCUUGAUUUUGUUGUUUUAAAUGCAACUUCUUAACCUUUUCCUUGCUAUGUAUAAGGAAAGCUAAAGCAUUUAUCAAUUUCUUGUUUUACGGAUACUAACACGGGUUUCAGUGUUUGUUUGUUUUUAUUAUUAUUGUUUUUAUGUGAUGUGAAUACCCUCUCCCACCAAUAUUUGUACUAUGGUGCUAAUAUAUAUUUGGUAACAAUCCUUUAUUGGGAAGGGAUUAAAAAACUGUGAUUAAGCUGAAUUUUUCUUCCUUUUAAUUUUCAUAUUUAAAAAAAAUAGUCACAGCCAUUUAUACAACAAAAAGCAUCAGCUUUUGCCCUUGGGAAAAUAUAUUGGGGUGGGAAUCAAGAUGAAAUGAAUAGGGUUUUUACAUCAUUUCUGUAUGUAUUUGAUAUAUAGAUCAAUAUCUGUACAAAUUUAAUCUUUUAUUUUCUUGGUAAUUUGUGUGGUCAAUGAGAGAGAGUUUUUAAAACUUUCUCAUGAAAUGUAUAUAAGUGAAAAAUGCUUUUGGAGAAAUUAAUGUUACUUUCAUUUUUACCAGACUGCAGAUUUUCAGCAUGGAUGUGAAAAGCAUUAAAAUUAUAACUUUGUGUACAAGAUGAAAAUAAUUCACUAAAUUUGCCUUUUUUACACAAAAUAAAAAUGUUAAAAUAA